CCGUCAUUUAGAAAGAAAAUAAAAUUAUUUUUAUGACGGAUCUUCUCUCACCAUUCCCAAAUGUGAAAGCCCUAGAAAACUCCACCUCGAUUUCUGAAAAUUCCAUCCUCCCUAAUAUAUAAAUAAACCCUAAUCCGUACAAACCAACGAAGCUACCGUUGAGCUUCUGAGCAUUUUCGCUGCGAUCAUAAUUCUUUGAUUCAUUCUCUCUCUCAGGGUAUUUGUUGCUCAUGCUGAGAGGGUUUGAAUUUGUGGGUUUAAUCUUAUUGGUAAGAGAUUGGGUUAAGAAAUCAAAUUAGCAGUAUUUUGAAGCGAAGAAGAAAGAUGAGAUCUUUAUGCUUUCUGGGAUUUUAAUACAGUGUAGGAACACUGAAUUGUUCUAUUAAGCAUAAAGAUAUUAAUUUGAUGCCGUACGGAAGUUCGACGGGAAAUCUAGUGGUAGGAGUCGAAUAAAAGAUUUUGUCGAUUUUGUUUUGUCUUCAUGUUUGGGGCUGAGGAGAAAUUUUAGGGAAAUAAUAUUUGAUUUCGAAUAAAUUUUUAUGAUGAUGGAUGAAGCUCAGUGCAGCUCUAACUCGUUGCCUCCUUUUCUCGCCAAGACAUAUGAGAUGGUGGAAGAUCCAUCCUCCGACAGUGUUGUUUCCUGGAGUUGGAAUAAUAAAAGUUUCAUUGUGUGGAAUCCUCCAGAAUUUUCAAGGGACCUGCUUCCCAGAUUCUUUAAGCACAACAAUUUUUCCAGCUUUAUUAGGCAGCUCAAUACAUAUGGUUUCAGAAAAGUUGAUCCCGAGCAGUGGGAAUUUUCGAAUGAGGAUUUUGUUCGAGGGCAGCCCCACCUUUUGAAGAAUAUCCAUAGGCGAAAGCCCGUUCACAGUCACUCGGCACCAAAUUUGGCCUCGUUGCCUCCUCUUACAGAGAUGGAAAGGAAAUCAUAUAAGGAGGAUAUCGAAAAGCUGAGAAACGAUAAAGAAUCACUUCAUGUGGAACUGCAGAGACACAAAGAUGAGCAGCAAUGUCUUAAAUCGCAAAUGAGGAUUUUGAGUGAACGUGUGCAAAAUGUGGAAAACCGACAUUCAAAUAUGUUAUCUUCUUUAGCCCAGACAUUACACAAACCGGCUUCUUCGUUGGAUCUUAUGCCACAAGGGGAAGUUCAUGAUAGAAAGAGAAGAUUUCCUGGAAAUAGUUACUUAUGCGAGGAAACCAAUAUGGAAGAUAAUAAUAAUAAUAAUAAUAAUAAUAAUAAUAAUAAUCAGAGGGCUGCUUCUCAAAGAUCAACGAUUGAAAAGUUAGAUGCUAAUUCGCUCUUGAAUUUCAACAAGGAGUUGUUGGAGCAGUUAGAGUCAUCUUUGAUGUUCUGGGAGAAAAUUGUAUUUGAUGUUGGUGAUGGUUUGGUGCAACGUAAUUCAUCCUCGGAGUUGGUUGAAUCCACGAGCUGUGGGCCCAGUCCCAGCAUAUCUUACACCCAACUAGAUCUUGAUGUUGGAAUCGACAUGAAUUCCGAACCUAAAACUGCUUUUGGGCUUGAGUUGCAACCUCGUACUGAAGAACAAGCAGUAGAGGUAGCAACCAAUGUGAGAACAGGGGUCAAUGACGUGUUUUGGGAGCAAUUUCUUACGGAAAAUCCUGGCUCGAAUGAUUCUUCUGAAUUUCAGACAGGGCAGGCAGAAACAGAGAGCAAGAAAAAUGAAAACAAACCAAGUGAUCGUGGUAUGUAUUGGUGGAAUAUGAAGAGUGUAAAUAACCUUGCAGAACAGUUGGGGCAUCUUGCUCCAGCAGAGAGGACUUGAUCGAUGCUAUUAGGUUUUAUACUUUUUCCUUAUUUAGAACGAAUGCACUUUUUGGUGUCUUGUUCGGUUGUAAAUUUAGAGAUGAGUUGUUUGAUGUGGCUCUGUAGAUAGAUAUUUUGUGUAUAAACUCCGCCUUCCUUGCACAUAUUAUCAUGUUGACGACCGUGAACUUUUCACUUUGUACACGUAUUUGUUGUUAAAUAGAGGGACGUUUUCCGAAA